AUGACCCAGCGCUUGAUGAAGCCGCCGCUGGUCCGCGAGACCUCGGCCUGGACCUUCGGCCGGGAUCGCCUCACCGGGCUGGUGCCCUUCGGGAGAUCAAAGCAGGAGGUCAUGGAGAAGAUCGUCCUGGAGGACGAGCUGGCAGAGCGUUUGCAAUGGACCACCAACUCCCUGGUCAAUGCAAAGAAGAACGGCACGCCUUACAGGCAUUUGCUGCUCCACGGGCCACCGGGCACCGGCAAGACUCUCUUCGCGCGGACGCUGGCUAAGGAGUCAGGUUUGGAUUAUGCCAUCAUGUCUGGUGGCGAUGUAGGCCCACUGGGCAAAGACGCGGUUCAUGAGCUGAACAAGCUCUUCCAGUGGGCCAACAAAUCCCGGAAAGGUCUGAUCCUGUUCAUCGAUGAGGCUGAUGCAUUCCUGCGAACUGGCCGUGGCUCUGAGAGCGGAUCGAUGAGUGAAGAGGCGAGAAAUACCCUCUCGGCCUUCCUGCAUCACACUGGAACCGAGAGCGACAAGUUCGUGGUAGUGCUGGCCACCAACAUUCGCGAGAUCCUUGACAGAGCGGUGCUUGAUCGCAUGGAUGAAAGCUUCGAGUUCCCGCUGCCUAGCAUCGAGGAGCGAAAGCGAAUGCUUUCCAUGUUCAUGGAGGAGCACAUCCACAGGCCCACCAAGCGGGGCAAGGUCAUCGAAGCCAGAGACCUGGACCAUUCGAAUACCAGGUUUUGA